AUGAAAAGCAUGUCACCUGCAGUUUCAUUUCUCAUCUUUCUAUUCUCGACAAGUUCGAUUUUCUCAUCGGUAGCCAAUGCCGCAAGGAAGCCGGUGCUCGAUUCCGAUGGCAAUGCGCUCCGCUCAGGCGUUCAAUACUAUAUUGUGUCAACAAUAUGGGGUGCCGGUGGUGCUUCGCUCGAGCCACGCUCGUUUGAAAAACCAUGUCCAAAACUCGUAGUCCUAAACGGAUUCCAAACUGGUGUGCCGGUGGUAUUUUAUCCAGAGGACACUAAUGACACCACCGUCUAUGAAUCCUCCGAUGUAAACAUACAGUUCGUCCCAGGUACGGACCCUUACUGCCAAACAUCAACUACGUGGAAGGUCAGCGAUUAUGACCCUUCUUCGGGAAAAUGGUGGCUCACGAUCGGUGGGGAGGUAGGCAACCCUGGUUCUCAGACAUUGAAUAGUUGGUUCAGAAUUAGGAAAGGUGGAGAUGGCUACGUAUUUAGUUUCUGCCCUGCGGUAUGUGAUUCCUGCAUAUCUUUAUGCAAUGAGAUCAAUAGGAUUUCUCAUGAUACCAAGGUCCGUUUGGGUCUGGCUAAAGGAGAUGGCGGCUCUUUCCUCUUUAUGAAAGCAUCCGAAGCCAUAAAACAAGUUGAAGAGAAGACCUCCGAGUAA